UUUGACUUGACAACAUCUACCCAGCACCAACCAACCCAAACUAUCAUCAACAUGCAGAGAUUCAUCGUAUUCGUAUCUUUCCUGGCUUGCGCCGCGGCCGCCCCUGGUCUCUUGGUGGCGCACGCCUCCCCUGUGGUGGCUUCAGUCCACGCGGUUCCCGUCGUCGGAUCAAAGACGACCAUCACAAAGAGCAGUCAGGUUGUGAACCACGGAUCGCCCGUGGUCCACGCCGUCCACACUCCUGUGGUUGCAGCCGUCCCUGUUGUGAAAGCCGCCGUAGUUGCUCCAGUGGUUCACGCCGUACACGCUGCCCCAGUGGUUCACGCCGUACACGCUGCCCCAGUGGUUCAUGCUGUACACGCUGCCCCGGUUGUUCAUGCUGUACACGCUGCUCCAGUAGUCCACGCUGUACACGCUGCCCCCGUCGUCGUAAAGACCGUUCCCUCAGCAGUGUCACACAGUAGCUCCGUCGUCAGUCACACCCCGAUCAAAGCUCUCCCAGUUGUUGCCGUACACUAAGUUAAUGUUUGUUUGAUAUAUUACACGACCCCUUAGAAUAAAUUUUGUACCCAUAAAUAUUUGUUAUUGAUUUUUU